AUGCAAAUGGUCAAGGAUGUUCUAGCCAACAGUGAUAAAGUUUCAGAGGUCCUGAAGGAGUCUACUCAUCAGUUCAACCUGCUUACUUCACCCACCUUCCUACCAAAGGUCAAGGAUCAAGGGAAAUUCACUCUCCCUUGCACACUUGGGCAUCUUGAGAUUGACAAUGCCUUAGUGGAUUCUGGAGCAAGCAUCAAUCUGAUCUCUCUCUCCAUGGCAGAGAAGCUAGGCAUUGCUGGAGCCUUGCAGCGCCCUACUACUUCAAUCAUGUUUGGAGAUGCAACUUCUAAGUCUCCUCUUGGAGUGUUCAAGAACUAUCACUUGAAAAUUGGAGAAUGCAUCAUCCAAACUGAUCUCACUGUGAUGGAAAUGGAAGAAGAGAAGGAUUACCUCUGUUAUUGGGAACCUUUCCUUAGUACAGUUGGCGCUUCAAUAGACUUUCACAAGCAAGAAGUGAUCCUUCACAAGGUUGUGAAGGAAAGGGUUGACAAAGAACCAAGAGUUGGGAAGGAUAAGGUUGAGAGAGGACCAAGGAUUGAGAAGCCACGUCUUGAGAGGGCUAGAGUUGAGAAACCACGAAGGGCUCUAAAAGAAGGGGAGGAUGUAGCCUCUAAGGCAAGACCAGGGGAUAAAAGAAAAGAUCCACCAGCUCAGGCCCCUUCAUUCAAGCCAUCUCAGCUCACAAUGACUUUGUUCCCCACCAAGUUUGAAAAUGGGAAGAUUGAGUACAAGAUAAGGUACAAGGGGAGAUCAAGGCCAUUCUCUAGAGCCAAAGCCUUGGUGACUUCAGAACAAUCCAGGGACCCAUCCAAGCUAAAGGAGCUUCUGUCUCAAGUCCUCACUAUCACCCUUGAUGCUAAGUUUAGGUGUCAAGGAAGCCAGCUCGACCGACAGCUCGAUCGAGCUAGAAACCAGGGCAACUCGAUCGAGCUCCACAACUCGACCAGGUCUUUUGGAGCAUUCUGGAGCAUAUGGGACGUGAGGAGCAUGGAGGGACUUGGCACAUGGACGCAGCUCAACUGGAUACGCAAAGGAAGAAGGAGAAGCCAUCUUGAAGACCAGCUCGACCGUCUACUCGACCAACCGGUCGAGUUCCUCAACUCGACCGGCCAAGCUUCAACUCGAUCGAGCUGA